UGUCUCUUUUGACGUUUUUUUUUUCUCACCUCAUGCCUGAUGUACACAUCACGUAGUACUCACUUCAGACAUGAACUAAUAAUCGUGAGAAUAAUCAUUUUUCUCUUUUUGUUUUUUCUCCAGCUCCCAACGGCCCAGGUAACGUAUCACAUCUACUGUCUUUUUUGAAGGCUUUUUUUCUCACCUCAUGCCUGAUGUACACACCACGUAGUACUCCAUUCAGACAUGAACUAAUAAUCGUGAGAAUAAUCAUUUUUCUCUUUGUGUUUUUUUCCAGCUACCAACAGCGCAGGUAACGUAACACAUCUACUGUCUCUUUUGACGUUUUUUUUUCUCACCUCAUGCCUGAUGUACACACCACGUAGUACUCCAUUCAGACAUGAACUAAUAAUCGUGAGAAUAAUCAUUUUUCUCUUUGUGUUUUUUUCCAGGUACCAACAGCGCAGGUAACGUAUCACAUCUACUGUGUAUUUUGACGUUUUUUUUUCUCACCUCAUGCCUGAUGUACACACCACGUAGUACUCCAUUCAGACAUGAACUAAUAAUCGUGAGAAUAAUCAUUUUUCUCUUUGUGUUUUUUUCCAGCUACCAACAGCGCAGGUAACGUAACACAUCUACUGUCUCUUUUGACGUUUUUUUUUCUCACCUCAUGCCUGAUGUACACAUCACGUAGUACUCACUUCAGACAUGAACUAAUAAUCGUGAGAAUAAUCAUUUUUCUCUUUGUGUUUUUUUCCAGCUACCAACAGCGCAGGUAACGUAACACAUCUACUGUCUCUUUUGACGUUUUUUUUUUCUCACCUCAUGCCUGAUGUACACACCACGUAGUACUCCAUUCAGACAUGAACUAAUAAUCGUGAGAAUAAUCAUUUUUCUCUUUGUGUUUUUUUCCAGCUACCAACAGCGCAGGUAACGUAACACAUCUACUGUCUCUUUUGACGUUUUUUUUUCUCACCUCAUGCCUGAUGUACACACCACGUAGUACUCCAUUCAGACAUGAACUAAUAAUCGUGAGAAUAAUCAUUUUUCUCUUUGUGUUUUUUUCCAGCUACCAACAGCGCAGGUAACGUAACACAUCUACUGUCUCUUUUGACGUUUUUUUUUCUCACCUCAUGCCUGAUGUACACAUCACGUAGUACUCACUUCAGACAUGAACUAAUAAUCGUGAGAAUAAUCAUUUUUCUCUUUUUGUUUUUUCUCCAGCUCCCAACGGCCCAGAUGACAACAGCCAGGCUCCCAACGGCCCAGCUACCAACAGCCCAGCUCCCAUCAGCGGAGCUACCAGCAGCCCAGCUACCAACAGCCCAGCUCCCAUCAGCGGAGCUUCCAACAGCCCAGCGACCACUGGCACUGGUAACGUAUCACAUCUACUAUCUAUUUUUACAGGAAUGGUUUGAAGGGUUUUUUUUCUCACCAAAUGCCUGAUGUACACAAGUUGAUACUCCAUUCAGAAAUGAACUGAUAGUUGAAAUAUUUAUGUUUUUCUCUUCUUUAUCAUUUCCAGCUACCCCCCCCCCCUAGGUAAUCUCUCACACUUACUGUAUAUUUGACAGCAGUGGUUUGACCUUUUUAAUCACCUAAUAUCUGAUUUACAGCUAACGUAAAUUUAUACAUUCAGAAACGAGUCAUGGAAAGAAUGACUUCUCACGCCUAUGUAUAUAUUUUACAUUUGGUGCACCUGAAAUAGAAAAAUGCAAACACACAAGUGUCCAAUUGCUUCCACACAGCCAUGCUUUUUUUUAAUCCAUACUGUUCUUUCAUAAAUGUAUUAUUAUUUCAAUAAUGACAUUUUGAUCUGAUUCACUUUUCAGUUGAGGACCUCACAGGUAACCCCUUAUACCUCCUGUAAACGUAUUUUACAAAUUGAUCUACAAGGACGCCUCAAACACAUCUACGUGCCUGUCGCAAGAGAGAAAAAAUGAUUUUAUAUCAUCUUGAUUGGAAACAAAUGGGCACGCGUGUUUGAGCUUCCCUUCUAGAUACUUUUUCUGGUGCUAUCACUAAUAUAGUUUUUGUAUUUGGUUGUUAGUCGAUGAAAUCCCUCUAAGUGGUAUCUCACCCACACAAGCAAACAUACAAAUCUACUUGUUCCCCACUAAAAAAGAAAAAGAAAAAAAAAGACCCAGCUGUGUCUUCACCACUAGAUGCCAGCAAAUCGCCGUCUACAAAUGCUUGCUAUGACUAAAGUACGGCGAGAAAGCGCUCCGGGAGAAGGAACACAGAACCUCACAGUGGCUUGACGUUCGUUAUUACACUUCCGGCCGAGUUAAAUUACUUGAAUUAUGUUGGCGUUGUCAUUUUGGUAGCCUUUUGUGCUCCGAAGAACUUUCCUCCUUUCUUUGUGAAUGAAUGUAUAGCAAAUACUGUUGAUUUUUGUGAAUUUAUGACCAAAUGUCGGGAUGUUCUAGUAAAUCCCUGUUCAAAGCACAAGCAGUGUACAACUAAAGAGGAAAUAAUAAUGACUUUAUAUCAAUGCUUUUCUUCACAUUUCCCAACAGUGUACGCGCAUAUAAAAGCUGUCGUUACAUUUGCCCCGGGAGCUAACGUGACAGAAAUCCUCCAACAAUUCAUUUUAAAUGCAACUCGUGGUUUCUGCGACGACGAUUGCCAAAUAGAUGCAACGGUAACCCCCGCAGCAGACGAGACAC